GAUGAAAGGGACAAGACGUAAGGACAGGUGACGUCCGCUAGACGACGGGCAUCGAUUAGAGAGCUUUGACUUAGCUUAUUUUACCCCCUAUAAAAGGGGUGUCACCCCUCAUUGUAAUGGACCCGAUUUUUGAAAUCAAUAUACUCCUACUUUGCAUCCUCUCUCUCUCUAAAACUUAUAUUAUUUCAUAAUCUCGGUGGUUUAUAGCCAUCAAAUUGGUGCUUUCAUUGAGAGCAGAGGAACAUACUCGUAGGUUAACUCCCAAACGCGAGAAUGGUGCAAACAAGGAGCAACGUCCCCACCACCAGCCACGUCGUUGGCGAAGAGAACGCGCCGGGCAGCGGCAAUGGUACGGGCGGCAUCGGCUCGACUCCAGACGCGGUCCAGGCGCUGUUCGGCUUGGGGGUGACCGCGGAGCAGCUCCAGGCAGCCGUUGCGGCACUUUCCGCCGUGGGUGGGAACGGGAAGAAGACCCGGAGGAGUAUAAAGAGGCUCGGCAAAGCCCAGGUGUUCGAGGAGGUGAUAGUGGAGGACAUUCCCGAAGGGGGAGACGAUGAGUCCAGCGAGUGCCGAGUGUCGGCCUUCAGGCGCUUAGGAGGUGAAGAGACCCGGGUGUCGGCCUUCGACAGGCUCGACCGCAGACCGGAAGUCCGCCCGGGUGACCUCCACCGACAAAUAACCGAAGGCAGGCGGAGGCAUGCUGAGGAGUCCGCGACGUCGGAUGCUCGCUCGGCGAGGCCCGAGCGGAGCAGAGAAAGGCGGGACGAGCGCACCCAGCGUCGCCAUAGUCCAACAAGAACUGAGAAGACAAAGGCCUCUGACCAAGGGGUAUCUCGGCUCGCUCGUGAGAUUGCCGAGCUCAAGCGCCGAGUGGAGACCAGGGCUCCCUACAGCCAGCCCAUCUUGCGGACGGUAACCCCGUUCACUCCGAGGGUAAUGUCGGUUCCGAUGCCGGCAAACUUUCGGCCGUGGCAGAUCAAGGCCUACAACGGAACGACGGACCCCCAAGAUCAUUUGUCUAAGUUCUAUGCUUCCAUGGAAGCGGCGGCAGCCCCGAACGAGGUCAAGUGCCGAUGCUUUCUCACGACGCUAGAGGGCUCCGCGUGCGAUUGGUUCAAUCGGCUCCCAAAGGGAACCAUUGACGAUUGGGAUACGCUAGCGGAGAAGUUCUUGACGCAUUUCGCAGCCAACCGAAGGCAGAGGCUACCUUACUCCCACCUGCUCAACAUCUGCAUCCGUAAAGGAGAGAAGAUCCGCGACUUCAUAACCCGGUGGGAGAAGGAAGCCGGAGACGUGCACGUGGCGGAUGACUAAGCUUUGGUGGCCAUGUUCCAAGCAGCCCUUCCCUGCGGGGAGGUGAGGAAGGAGCUCCGCAAGAAUCCUCCCCCCACGUACCAAGAAAGCUUGGCGCGCGCU